AUGGUGGAAAAGGUAACGAGAGGAAUCCUUCAAGGAGACUCGUUAUCACCGCUACUAUUCGUACUAUGCAUGGAUCCCCUGAGUAAAAUCCUACAUUCAGUUUACCCAACGGUAAAAGGAAAGAUUGGAGAAAAACAGGAACAUGGCUUGAACCACCUACUAUUCAUGGAUGAUAUUAAACUAUUCGCUGAAACUGACGAAAUCCUAAAGAAAAUGACGGACGAAGUCAAAAUGUUCUGCGAAGCCUCAGGAUUGGAAAUAAACAGAGAAAAGUCGGCUACAAACUCGCCUCUCUGUGAAGACACUGCAGUAUUACUGGAAGGAUCUGCAAUGUACAAAUACCUGGGUAUAAUGGAAGACAGAUCAAGCAUCCCAUCGUUGGAGUCAUGGGAAAAAAUCCGAGCCGAAAUUUUGGCAAGGGUUGAAAAAUUAGCAAAAACCAAGCUGAACGGGAGAAACAUGUUCAAGGCAAUAAAUAUGUUUGCUUUGUCCCUCCUGAACUACUACACUGGAUUGCUAAGACUUUUACCGGAUGAUUUUGAGGCAUUAGACUUGGACAUCCGCAAAAUAUUGGUCAAACAUAGGAUACAUUACCUAAACGCAUCCCCUGAAAGACUCUACCUUAAAAGAGACCAAUGUGGACGGGGACUAGCAUCAGCAACCUUUAGAUCUGAAAAGAUGUUGCUAACUUUUUGGGACACCUUGAGAAAAGGCAGUGAGACAUCCACACGUCGAGCAUUGAUUAUGCAAAUCGAAAAUGAAGACCUCACCCAUAUGUCACGCAUAGAGGGAUUUGUUAGACGCAAAUACGAAAACGUCAACAAUGGAGGACUACGUAUCGGAGAUGACAAUAUCAAUGAGAUGCAAAGGAGAAGUCUGUUCCACUCACUCUCACAAAAGAGAUGUCACCCUAUAUUCUUUAAACAACUGAAUGGAGACAACCUAAUUGAUAGGAAGGAAUCUGCACUUUGGCUAACACAUGGAAACAUCUCAGCUCGAGACGAAGCAGCCUACUGCGCUCUCCAAGACAGAAACAUCUUCAUGGGAAACUAUGACAAAUGCAAACACUGCAAAGGAGCAACAGCUACUGUAGACCACCUGGCCACAUGCUGUGAACGUAAACUAGCCUUUGAUUACACCAGACGACACAACGAAGUUCUGAAAUGUGUAUCUCUCCACCUGUGCCGCAUGUUCAAUCUAAUAAAAAGAAAGAAAAUAAAAGGAUAUGUGAUGCAGGAGACAGUUACUGACGGCACAAAUGAACUUAGGAUCGAUACUGCUGUUAAGACGGACGCCAGGAUAACGAACAAUAGACCUGAUAUCCAACUCUACGACAGGAGAAAUAAAAGGAUAUUUAUAGUCGAAGUCGGAAUCACGUGUCCAACUAAGGUUUCAGAUACGGAAUAUUAUAAACAAAGGAAAUACGAUGUCCUUGCAAAAGAACUAAGCUGCAUCCAUAAUAUGCCAGCAUGCACCGUUCCAAUAGUAUACUCUUGGGAUGGACUGGUCACAAAAUACCACGCAAAGCACCUAGAGAAAAUCGCGGUGCCCAUAAAAAUCAGAGCCUACAUGCAGACUAGAGUACUACGUACCACCUUAGAUUCGGUAACUCAUGAUCGAAGAAGAGGAGUUGAAGAAAGAGAACCAGAAGAAAAGCUGGAAGACAUCUUCGAAAGGUUCCUCGGAAACCUCGACAAAGAGGAAAAACCUCUUGAAGAGGAAGAAGUGGAAAACGAACUCGAAUUCUCUCGCGACCGAGUAAUAAGGAUCAGGAAGAAAAUAAAACGUAGAAGAACCGCUGCUUCUAGAAGGUCUGAAGGCCCCCAAAACCUACGGAAAAUCCGUAGGAUCUACAAGGGUAGAAACUAA